AUGGAGGAUUCACGUAGUUGGCUUGCUCUUGGGAUGGUGGAUGAACUGAAAAGCUUGGGAUGGGUUACAAGGCAGCCAAAGAACACUAUCAACAAGCUCAAAUUUGGAGCACUACCAUUCUCAAACCGCUAUGCAGUAGGAGGAAAAGGAGGCUCAGCUAAGGUGGAUAGGCCUUCAAAAGCGGUGGAUUAUCGUCCUAUUGUGUGUUGCAAUACCCUGUACAAAUGCAUCUCUAAAAUUCUCUGUUCUAGGCUUUCAGAAGUCUUGUCUUAUUUGAUAAAUAGUAACCAGGGUGCUUUCAUCAAGAGAAGAUAUAUUGCUUACAACAUUAUUAUUCUGCAAGAUCUUAUUAGAGGGUAUAACAGGAAGGGUAUCUUGGCUAGAUGUGUGAUGAAAAUUGACUUGAGUAAGGCCUAUGAUACUAUUGAUUGGAAUUUUCUUGAAAAAUUUAAUGGUUGCCUACUGCUUUCAUGCAAAGUUUAUUUCUUGGGUGAAGAUUUGUUUGAGAGGAACAUCAGAGUGUUGUUGCAAGCUGCUCAUUUGCCAGAGUUUCGGUUUCAUCCGCUUUGUAAGAGCCUGAAUUUAGUUGGCCUUUGUUUUGCUGAUGACCUUAUAAUAUUAUGCAAAUGGUCUCAUAAGGUGAUCAAGAUCAUUAAUGAUGCUUUCAUAGAGUUCUGUAAUUCUUCAGGAUUGGCAGCGAAUAAGUCUAAUUCUCAUGUAUAUCUCGGAGGUGUUUCUGAUGUUAAUAGGAAGGACAUUCUAGAAGUUGUUCAAUUUGAGGACAGCUCUUUUCCUCUUAAGUAUCUUGGGGUUACUAUGCGGCCAACUAAAUGGAGAGAAGUGGAUUGUGAGAAAAUAAUUAAGAAAAUUUUCUUGAAGCUCAAUGCAUCGAAGAGUAGACAUUUGUCUUUUGCGGGAAGAGCCCAGCUAGUUCAUGUUGUUCUUUUAGGAACUUUCUCUAAGGUGAAAGAGGGAGUGCAAGUAAGUUGCAUUUUACUUCUUGGGAGCAGGUUUGUCUCCCUAAGAUGUUUGGAGGGAUUGGUUUUUGAGAAGGGAGGCCAAGAUCUUUGGUCGUAUGAGUUGAAACCUGAUGUUAGUUGGUAUUGGAGGAAACUAAUGAAGCUUAAAUAUUGGUUUUCCCAUUCAGAUUUGUUUGAAGCGAAAAUUCAUGGCAAGUUUAAAGUGAGCAAAAUUUAUAACAAGAUGCUUCCUUUUUAUGAAAAGGUGAACUAUUACAAAUCGUUUUGGUGUAGAUUUUCUGCUCCGAAACACAAAUUUAUAUUGUGGCAAGAGAUUAAUAUGCAAUUUUUGACUAAUGACAAAUUGUUGCGGUGCAAAGUGAACAUUCCAUCUGCUCUUUGUCCAAUUUGUGAGUUGUGCUUGGAGAGUCACCACCAUCUUUUCUUUGACUGUAUUUUUUCGCAGAAGGUUGUUCAAGGGGUUCAAAGCUGGCUGGCAGCUACUUCAUGGCCUUUACAUAUCCAGAGUUGGAUUAGUUGGCUGGGUUCUAAGUGGAAUUUUGGUGUGGUUAACAAUAUUGUUUCAACUGUUAUGGCAGCCACUGUCUAUAGUAUUUGGAUCAAUAGGAAUCUUUUCAUAUUUGAAGGAAAGUCUCUUAUUACUAUUCAAUGUGUUGAUAAGCUGAUUCGGCAAUCAAUUAAAGCUCGAAUAUUGUUACUUGACAAAAGGAAAAUGACUGGGAGGGAUAAAAUUGUUUUGGAUACUGUAAGAAUUAUGUAA